AUGACAAGAAACUCCAAGGGACGCAUCAUCAAUGUCACUCAUCAGAUACCUUACGAACUGUCGUCAGAGAGCAAUUUAUGGCAAUAUACACCUCGACGAGGCCAUGGCGCCAUGUAUGGUGGUAUACACUCAUUGCAACAUGAAUGGGACAUACUCUACAUUGGCUGGACGGGACAAAUCAACAUGAUCCAGCAGAAAUUUGAUGGAUACACCAAGGAGCCCAUGGAUCAUCUCAACAAAAUGCAAAAGGCUGAGUUAUACAACGAGCUGAAGAAAAACUACCAAUGUAUACCGCUGUUUGUGGAUGGCGAAAGUGUAUCUGGUCACUAUGACGGUUACUGCAAAACAAUGCUGUGGCCUCUGUUUCAUUACAUAAUUUGGAAUAAUGCUACCGAUGGCAGAUUGGAAAGAAAGCAAUGGGAGGCGUAUACAACAGUCAAUCAGCUUUAUGCGGAUUUUGUGUCAGAGAUAUAUCAAGAAGGAGACAUCAUCUGGGUGCAUGAUUAUCACUUGUUACUGGUACCAUCCAUGAUAAGAGAAAAGCAUCCAAAGGCUAGAAUUGGAUUGUUUGUUCACUCUCCAUUUCCAACAUCUGAAAUCUUUAGAUGUUUGCCAAAGAGACAAGAGAUCCUGAAAGGAAUGAUUGGAGCCAAUUUAAUUGGAUUUCAGACAUAUGCCUAUGCUCGCCAUUUCCUCUCCACCUGCACACGUGUACUUGGAUACGAAUCGACGCCUGAAGGACUGAGAUGCUUGGAUGGCCAUUUCUGUCAUGUGGGCACGUUUCCUAUCGGUGUGGAUCCUGUCGAAAUUGCGUCACGAUGCCAGGCACCCAGCGUGCAAUCCAAAAUCCAAGCCAUCAAAGGCAUGUAUGCUGGUAAAAAGAUACUGGUGGGCAGAGACAAGAUUGAUCUUGUCAAGGGCGUGCUUCAGAAACUCGCUGCGUUUGAGAAGUUCCUGAUAGAUUUCCCAGAAUGGAGGAACAAGGUGGUCAUGAUUCAGCUGACGGAUGGUGCUACCAACGAAUCCGCUAAACUGGAACACAAAGUUUCCGAGACUGUAGCACACAUUAAUAAUAAAUAUGGAAAUCUAGAGUUUUCACCAGUCUAUCAUUUUCACCACCAAAUUCAAUUAGAUGAAUAUUACGCCCUGCUAUCGACUGCUGAUGCAGCAGUAAUCACAGCAAAUAGAGAUGGUAUGAAUACCACAAGCUUAGAGUAUGUCAUCUGUCAGGAACAUCAACACGGACCUUUGAUCUUGUCAGAGCUGACAGGCACGGCUGGGUCGCUUAGCUCUUCUUUGAUGGUGAAUCCUUGGGACUAUGCUGGUGUGGCAAAAGCUAUGAAUGAAGCGUUGCUCAUGUCAGACGAAGAGAAGCAAUCAAGACACAUGCAAAUGUUUGCUCAUGUCAAGACACAUACAGCAUCGUUUUGGGCUCAGUCGUUUGUAAAGGUACUACAGGAAUCUAUCGCUACAUCAGAGCAAUCAAGUUAUACCCCCAUUUUGGAGAAGGAGAGACUUUUGUCGUUUUACCAUGGAUCCAAGAAGCGUUUGUUAUGCUUUGAUUACGAUGGCACAUUAUCAGCAGUGAAAAAGUCACCUGGCUCAAGAGCACCCACAUCUGCCAUGCUAAAAGCACUGCAAUCACUGUGCAGUGAUCCCAGGAACCAGGUCUGGGUGAUUUCAGGUCGAGAUGAGGCAACACUGGACAAAUGGCUGGGACAAGUCAAGGGACUAGGGCUCAGUGCAGAACACGGCAGUUUUGUCAAAUACCCCACAAGCAACCGCUGGAUCAAUCUAUUAGAGCACUUUGACAUGAACUGGAAGCACGAUGUGGUGGAAAUCUUUACUUAUUACGCAGAAAGAACGAUAGGCAGCUUUAUCGAACACAAGCGAUGCUCCGUGACAUGGCACUAUCGAUUAGCAGAUCCAGAAUACGGUGCAUUUCAGUCCAAAGAGUGUCAAAAUCAUUUGGAAAACGCCAUUCUCUCCAAGAUGCCUGUGGAGGUGCUGGUUGGCAAAAAGAACCUGGAGGUGCGUCCUACAGCCACCAACAAGGGAGAAAUUAUCAAACGUCUGUUGUCUGCAAAUCAAGACAUUGACUUUAUUAUGUGUUGUGGUGAUGACAAGACAGACGAAGACAUGUUCAAGGCGCUGAAAAAGGUAGAUUCGCCUGAAUUGCCUGUGUUUACUAUUAUGGUGGGCAUUGAAGACAGAAAGACCAUGGCGACAUGGAGAUUGCCCACUGUAGAUGAUGUUUUGGAUACGUUCCGCUGUUUAACCGCAUCAUAA